ACAUGACAGUUUUAUUUAGCACUAACAUAUAUAUUCAAUAAUGCAUUAACAACUUAUGUAAUGUAGAUUUAAACAAUGUAAACCAGACAGAAAAAGGUAUUUUGAGAUUUAGGUUCAGUUAGUAUUUCAAGUAUUUCGGGGAAAACAAUAAAAUGCUAAAUAAUCGACUGAAAUUUUCCAUACACUAUGGAAAAUCUGUUCAGAUUCGUUGCGACAUCCCUACAUCCUUGGCUCCUGUCCGCUCUUUCUGCUUGGGUAGGUGUCUGAAGGAAUUCUUCCCAUAUCAAAUGAGCAGUCCCAGUGCCCCGGCUCAGCCAGCAGCCUGGUUCUGAUGGAUGGGGUCAUUGAUGAGGGCAGGGUAUCCCGUGUCACAAAGCGCCACACACAAGAGAAGUAAAGAGUCCUGACCACCACGGCAGGGUGCUGCAGGACACGGCCCGGAGGGGCAACGGAAGAUGGGCGUGGCCUGGGGUUUCACACCUGCUCAGUUAGUUAAGGGUCAAAGCUUACGUCUCUUAUUAUAUGUGCCUGGAGUGUUUGUGUAAGAUGGAGAAUUCAGGGACGUUGAUUCCAAAUCGAGCAUCUAUCUAACAGAACUCUCAUAGCGGCAGGUGACUCACAACCAAAUAUUUUAUAACUAAUUAAAUAAUCAUAAAUAAGAAGUUCCAUCCUCCAGUUGGUUUGCUUCACUUGACUCACUUCCUCUUUCAUUCAACAGUAUAAGUCUUCAGUGAGGUGCUCCACGUUCUUGCUCGUAACACUGUUAACACAUUUCUGCUUUGUACCAGUGCAUGAUGAAUUUACUCAAAGACUAAUAUUGCACAAGAGGCUUUUAUAGACCCGUUUUGUCAUUACUUUAAAAAAAGCAAAAUCUGUAUAAUUCUCCAGAAUUAGUUUGUUUCAGUACAACACAAAUUGAGGGCAAAAUGCAUCUACCGAUAAAUUCCCCUGAUUAUAAUCGAUGGACCACGCACCCGUUAUCUUUUUCUAAUCAUAUUUGGACACGAUUACAUUUUAAAAAUCUGAGCUUCAAUAGUCGAUAGUCUUUAAUAAACGCCUAUACCAUGUUCAGAUUGUCGCUGCGUUGUUUCUCCCUCCACAGACGGGAGAUGACUGGCCUCUGUGUUCAGUCGCUUGUCCUGGCAGCAAGCGUGCUGCUUUUAUCGUCCACUUUCGACGCCAUCAGGAUGACUCAGCGCCCGAAGUACCAGUACACCAAGAAGCCUCCUCGUGAGAUCCAGACUACCACACACGCCAAACCUACACCUGCCAGGGUCUCUGACCACCCCAAGCAAAAAGACCAUCGUCCCGUGGUUAUCACAGGAAGUCCCCCUGUCUCAGGUCACACCCACGUAGACUACCGCACAGACACCACAGCACCACCCAGUGGUGUGCAGGACAAUUACACCCUAGACUAUAAUGAAUGCUAUUUGAACGUCUGCGAGUGCUGCCCUCCAGAACGAGGCCCCCAGGGACCAAAAGGAGACGUUGGGUUUCCGGGACCUCCUGGUCAGAAAGGAGAUCCAGGCCCCAGAAGUGCUCCAGGACUUACAGGUCCAACUGGACCUCCUGGAUUUAUGGGAGACAAAGGAGAUAAAGGUGAGAAAGGAAGCAGCGGUCCUUUUGGAGCCUCGGGCAUCCCUGGGAAGGCAGGAGGGAAAGGUGAGACAGGCUUUAAAGGUGAGAAAGGAGCAGGAGGCCUGCCGGGACUCGCAGGUGUGAAAGGUGAGAAAGGAGAACCCGGUCAGAACGUAACCAAAGGCGACCGAGGCCAGCCAGGUAAAGACGGACCACCGGGGGCCCCGGGCGUCACUGGAGACAAAGGUGAGAAGGGGGACAGGGGAGAAUGCGGUCUGCUGGGAGAAAGGGGACAGAAGGGUGAACCGGGCGACCCCGGACCCCCAGGGACGCGGGGAGACCCCGGGUUGUCGGGUCAGCACGGGGUACAUGGGAGCCCUGGCAUACCCGGGGAACGUGGAGAUCCCGGAAGCCCAGGAGUCAAGGGGGAGCCAGGAGCACCAGGGUCACAAGGAAUUAUGGGAACGAGAGGUCAACGGGGGCCAAAGGGCGAAAGGGGUCCUCAGGGGAGACGCGGCGAUCGAGGUCUGCGAGGUCUGAAAGGGACACCCAGCGACACCGUAGGGCGACUGCGUUCUGCCUUCAGCGUGGGCCUCUCCCCCAGUAAGUCGUUCCCAGCAUCAGGCUUGCCGGUGCGCUUCGACAAGAUCUUCUACAACGGAGACGACCACUACGACGUCGCCGCCAGCAAGUUCAACUGCACCUACCCAGGGGUUUACGUUUUCUCAUACCAGAUCACGGUGAGGAAUAAGCCCUUACGCGCAGCCCUGGUGGUGAAUGGUGUGCGCAAGCUACGCUCGAGGGACACCGUGCAGGGCCAGGACAUCGAGCAGGCCUCCAGUCUGGUUCUUCUGAAGCUCGUUGCUGGAGACCAGGUGUGGGUGGAGACUCUGAGGGACUGGAACGGUGCCUAUUCCAGCAGUGAGGAUGACAGCACCUUCUCUGGGUUCUUGCUGUAUCCUGACUGACAUCUACUGCAAACACCAAACACUUGCACUGAACUCUAUUUGGCGACUGGCAUGACAGCUUGCACUUGCAUGUGUGAGGCUGUGAGUACAUGUUGCCUUCUAUGCAAAUAUAAACAUUUAUGCAAAAUGCUAAUCUCGACCGGGUGACCAACCGUGCAUUUGAAGACAUUCCCUCAUGCCAAGUUUACUUCUGAACCCAAUCCAACUCAUUGGAUCUAAAAAACAGAGCAUGCAAGAGCUAGUAACCAUUUAAUAUACCCACAGGGCAGCGUUUGGAUUAGAGUCUGUUUUAGAGACAGGUGAGCUAGCCUAGUGUUGAAAAGAAUCAUGUAAUAUGGGUUUUCAGACAUGGUCUUAACAUGUGAGGUCAUAAACAGGUCUUAAAACAGACCUCUCUAAAAUGUUUUAUAAUGCGUACUUUUAACUAGUCACUUAACGUGUAUGUGUCACAACCACAUUUGAUGGUCAUUAUAUUUAUCCUGUGACUGUUGCCUUUGUAGAAACAUUUCCAAGCUUUGAUAACAAGCGCCUUUAAGAAUAACUCAUAUGUCCAUGCUUAUGUGAUCCACACACCUUUAUAAACUAAUUAGAACCAAGAGGAGACUGGUCAUUCUUGAAUUUUAAUGCUAUCUAAACUUUCUCCAUGUAUACGAGAGCUACAACUGUUUUGACAAAUUAAACUGAAUAUAAUUAUAUAAAUAUAGUCUUCAACAGCUUUGCACUUCAUGGAUGCAUCUUGGAAAUGAGACAAAAAAAAAGAACUAUUUUACACCCAAUUAAGAAGAAGGAUGUUUCCCUUAAAUACUGUAUAUUGCAGGACUGUACACUGUGUAUUGUAGAAGCAAAGUUGUGUGUUUAUUAUUCAUCGUUUGUAACAAUAUGAUUUGUGAAAUACACAAUUUUCCAAAGAAAACAGUAUUGCUUUAUGAGUUUUAAAUCAGAUAAUAAAA